CUCGCGGAUUGUGACGGAUGCAAAACAAAGGUUACAGGCGGUUGGGGCUCAAGUGCGCAGGCGCAACGACGUUGCUAGGAGAAGAGCGGAGGCGCGGAUAGAGAAGCAGGAGUGCGCAAGACAACAGUAGUACGCAGGCGCGGCAUUAGCCAAGCGUCUCUCUUCGCAGGCGCAGUUGCUCGUAGGCGGUGGUAGGCAGCGCGCUGCGCAGGCGUGUCGAGGGGCGGGUGGUUCCUUCCUCUUUCCUUCCUAUCUCAGCGUUCGGAGGGUGUGAGGUGCUGCCGCCAUUUUGUCAGGAGUCCCGGUGCCAGCUCGGCCGCGGCCAUGCGUCCUGGAGUGAAGCUGUUCGUGGGGAACGUGCCCGAGGAGGCCACGGCGGAGGAGCUGGGCGAACUGUUCACGGGCGCGGUAGGCCCGGUGCUCGGCGUGGCCCUCAUGAAGCAGUUCGCCUUCGUGCACCUGCGGGAUGAGGCGGCCGCUGUCCGCGCCAUCGCCCAGCUCAACGGGCACCAGCUGCACGGCCGCCGCAUCGUGGUAGAGCCGUCCCGCCCGCGGCCCACCAACACUUGCAAGAUCUUCGUGGGUAACGUUUCGGCGGCCUGCACCAGUGGAGAGCUGCGUGCGCUCUUCCAGCAGUACGGGCCCGUGGUGGAGUGCGACGUGGUGAAAGACUAUGCAUUUGUUCACAUGGAGAAAGAAGCAGAUGCAAAAGUUGCCAUCGAAAAUCUUAACGGAAAGGAAGUGAAAGGAAGAAGAGUCAAUGUGGAACUCUCUACUAAUGUUCAGAAAAAGGGGGCAGGACAAAAUGCCCAGGCAGGCCCCAAUGCUGACAAGAGCAAGAGAGCAAGUGUGGACUAUAGAGAAAAAUAUCAACCCAAGAUCGAUGGUUAUGAGCAGCUUAGGCCUACAGACUCUACGUAUGCAUCAGUCUCUGCAGGAUAUACUGCAUCCUCACUCUACGAUUAUCAGCAGCGCUUCGGUGGCACCAACACUUCAAGCAAAUACAACUCAUUUGAUACUCAGACAAGGCAAGCAUCUCCCUCAUAUUUUGGAAGGGACAGAAGCCCAAUUCGACGAUCACCAACAAGAAUCGGCUUUGCCACUGUGUCGCUACCCAUGACAGCACAACCAGCAUCCUACAGAGCUCAGCCAUCAACCUCACUGGGUGCAACCUACAGAGCCCAGCCCUCUGCAUCACUCGGAAUGUCUUACAGACCCCAGCCAACAACGGGACAGGCAGCAUCUUACAGGGCCCAGCCCUCGACCUCACUUGGAAAUACUUACAGAACCCAGUCCUCUGUUUCACUAGGAGCUUCUAAUACCCAGCCUGCAGCCUCAUCACUAAAUUCCUACAGCGCCCAGGCUGCUGCUUCUUACAACACCCAGGCUGCAGCUUCCCAGUUAGCCUCUUAUGGGGUCCAGUCCACAGCAACACUAGCGUCAUCCUAUGGAGCUCAGCCUUCAGCCACGCAUGCAGCCUCUUAUGGUACUCAGCCUGUGGCUGGUUACUCAGCCUCCUAUGGAGCUCAGCCAACAGCCACACAUGCAGCUGCUGCCUAUGCAGCUCAGCCUGCGGCUGGUCACACAGCCACCUAUGGAGCCCAGCCUGUGGCCACGCAUGCAGCCGCCUAUGGAGCCCAGCCUGCAGCCAGCCACUUGGCUUCUUAUGGAGCCCAGCCUGUGGACAGCCACUCAACCUCUUAUGGAGCCCAGCCUGCAGCUACUCUCUCAGCCUCGUAUGGUGCUCAGCCUGUGGCUGUCCAUUCAGCCUCGUAUGGUGCUCAGCCUGCAGCUGCUCUCGCAGCCUCGUAUGGCGCCCAGCCUGUGGCCGGCCAUUCAGCCUCGUAUGGCGCCCAGCCUGUGGCCGGCCAUUCAGCCUCGUAUGGCGCCCAGCCUACAGCUGUGCUCUCAGCAACCUAUGGUGCCCAGCCUGCAUCCACUCUGGCUGCAUCUUAUAGCAAUCAGUCUGCAGCAGCUUCCUACAAAUCACAGGUCUCUGCUCCACUGACCACACCCUAUAGAACACAGUCUUCAAACUCAAUGUCAGCUUCAUAUACAGCACAGCAGCCCUCCUCUGUUCCCUUGGCAGUCACUUUCAGAGCUCAGCCUGUGACUGCAUAUGAUGGGCCAACCCAGCUUGGACAACAAGCAACCCCGUAUUUGGGACUGUCUCAGUCUUCUGCUGCUGCUGCCAUCGCACCACCAUACGAACGCACCCGCCUCUCUCCUCCACGGAGUGCUGGCUAUGACGAUCCUUUCAAAAAAUCAUCUGCUUUGGCUAAAAGGUACAGUUCCGACCGCCGUUUAUCUGACCUCUCAGAUUACCGUCGUUUAGCAGACUCGCCACUUGUGUACCGUCAUUCGCCGACAAAGUCCCCGCUGGAUUAUCGCCGUCUUCCAGAAGCGCAUUCCGACUAUGCCCGUUAUUCGGGCGCCUAUGGCGAUUAUAUGCAUACUGCUCGGCUACAUUCUAAUUACCAGCGCCGCCUGUAGGUGGGGUUGGGGUUCCUGUUCCAGAUGGGGGCAGUAUCAUUGAUUACAUGUUCCCCACUGGGACACGCUUUCUUAGCAUAAAGCCAAUCUGCGUCUUUACUAGGCUGGCUUCCUCAUUCAGUUCUCUGCAGAUUCCGAGUUACUAAAUUUCCUUCCCUCCCAUGCUAUCUCAGGUGUCAUUACAGCCUGUCGUUUUGGCUCUGUUCCUUAAUGUCACUUGAUCAAAGAAUUAUUUGAGGCGAUAGUAUGAGGCAUCUCUGAGACAUGCUACUACAUCCAACACAAAUAGCAUUCUCCUGGUCUUUACUUUGGGGGAUUUUAUUUUCAGCUGCCUUUUUUGUUACGUUUUUAGAAUGAUCUGAAUUUAUGAUCUCAAGAAGAACCUGUGCUGCAACCCCAGGAAUGAUGUAAACGACUGCUGCACAUUGUGUCUUUGAAAGUCGAAGACUCGAGUUCCUUCAUGCUCCAGUAGGGCUAAGAAUGCCAUAGCAUAUGGCAUUGGUUUUUGUUUGCAACUCCUGAUGCUAAUGUCUCCAUUAGUAAGACAUAAGUUGCUCAUGCAGGAUUCCUAAUAAAUGCAAUUCACAAUGACUGUUGCUCAGUAUUGUUUUUAUAACCCGAGCAAUUGCUUUCUCUGAAUGGAAGAGCAAAUGCUCUUUUAUGUAACGUGAAAAUCCUUUUUCUUUUUACACCGGUGUUAAGUUUGCAGUAGGUGUGAUGUUCGAAUCUAUACAUCUGAAAUGAGUUAGUUUUUGUAUUGACUGUAAAUAAAAUGCAGGCUAUUUACAGUUUAGAAA